AUGAGGUUUCAUCCUCCCACUGUGGUUGGUCCUAUGGGAAGUGCAGCAGCCUCUGUUCGCAUCUUGUCUCUGGAUCCCUCUCAGUGCAGUCAUGCCUUGGCUAUAGCUGCUUCCCUGGCUGGAGCUCCGAUGGCUAACGCUGCCACUCAAUGCAAGCCCCUUCACAUCGGCAACGCCUCACGUCUGGGGCUUGAAGCCGCCCUUCUGGCCUCCAGAGGCCUAGAGGCCAGUCAUCUGGUCUUGGAUGCUGUUGCAGGAGUGGCCGGCUUUAAUGCUUUUUAUGAAGAUUAUGUGCCACAGCCUUUAGAUUCACCCCAUGAUGGCCAUGCAUUCCUGUUAGAGGAGCAGGACAUGGGCUUCAAGCGCUUCCCUGCCCAUCUGGGGAUGCACUGGGUGGCAGAUACUGCAGCUUCUGUCCACAAGCUUCUUGUGGGAGUUGGUCCUGGAAAGGUCUUCACAGAUCAAGUCCAGGACAUCUUGCUCAGAGUCCCCCUAUCUAAAUACAUCAACAGGCAUUUUCCUGAGUCAGAGCAUGAGGCUCGUCAUUCCUUCCACUUUAACGCCUGCAGCGCUCUCCUGGAUGGUGAGGUGACCGUGCAGUCCUUCACCCCAGCUGCCAUGAGCCGCCCUGAGCUGCAUGCUCUGCUGAGCAGAGUUCGGCUAGAGCAUCCCCAUGACAACCCUGCUAACUUCAACCUGAUGUACGGAGAGGUCCAGGUCACACUUGUAGGAGGAGACAUCCUGAGAGGACGCUGCGAUACCUUCUAUGGUCACUGGCGCAACCCACUGACCAUCGAGAGCCUGAGGAAGAAGUUCAGGAGCAACGCAGAAGUGGUGCUUCCAUCAGAGAAGGUUGAGCGGCUGGUUGAGGUGGUGGACAAACUGGACAGACUUGGAGACUGCAAGGACCUGCUCUCACAGCUACAAUAAAUGUACGUUGUAUCUAAUUUAAAUAUAUAAUAUGGAUAAAGGGCCUCUGGAAAAAAAUUUUUAUUGUCUUAUGGCAGUUUCUUUUGAGUUUAGCUGUUACCAAUAAACACACAUCUGUAAAUAUUUUAUCAUCAUCAUGCUGCUUUAAAAUGUAUUUAUUCUGUUGCUCAAAUUAUUUUGUUUUAGGGUCAUCUUAAUAUAAAGGGCUUUUGUUCAGCAGUUCUUAUAAGCUGAUGUGUAAAUAAUGUGAAAUCCAUCAAAUGUAAAAUUCUUAGUUCAGAUGAGGAAUUUUGGCUUGAAGUUUAUUACAUUUAAAAAACUAUUUGUGAAUAGGAUUUUCUG